AUGAGUCCCAAAAAGCCUGCCCUGGUACCCAGCACGAUUGAGAUACCGUCCAUAAAAUCCGGGCGUAUCACCCGAUCGAGAAAAAAAGAACCCCCCGGUAAUCCGAUAUCAUCUACGGCUUCUGCCGAUAUAUCGACACCUAGUCCGGGUCCUGACUCGGUUGACGGGGACCCCCCAGCUUGGGCAGAGUCCCGGCCUGAGCUAUGUGAUUCCCUCCCUUGGUUUCGCGCCGUGCAGGGGGGCGUCUAUCACAACGGGAACUUAUGUCUGGGCUUCCUUGUCGAUGCGGACUGCGGAGUCCGCUCGUUUAUCGAUGACGAGAUUGUGAUUACGAGAGUGGGUGGAGGUUGCACCAAGGAUGCCGACGGAAAUCUGGUUCUUCUCAAGGACCAAGACAACGAUAGCUCUGCGAUUAGUAGUUUGGUGAACAGCAUGGGUCUGAAAGUUCCGGUUGGGAUGGUUAUAGGCGACCGCAACGCUCUUCUACGGAGAAAAUUGCCGCAUCGGUAUAAUGUCAUGGCGUACUUCCGGGUGACUCAUAUCUGGUAUGAGAGAAUGGGUAAGAAAGCAGGGGCGAAAGUGCGGUUUGAGAAAGUAGACCUGUCGGAUAAAAGCUGGUGGACAGUCAAGGAUGCGCCGCCCCCCAGACCUAUUCAUGAACGUCGGUUCGAUGUGCAGGCCAAAAGCUUGCAGUGUUCUGCCUGCCACCAGUGGAGUGUCCAGGUCUAUAAGCAGGGAUGGAUGUGUCUUCACCCAUCCUGCAAGAAGUUCUGGAGUAUUCAUAACUCACCCCCUCCACUGGACCUCACGUUCCACGCGGACUUCCUUAGGGCCCGCCUUCCACCAGACCCCGAGGUGCAACCCCACUACAGCCUUGUGCCAGACUUGCUCUCGACAUUAACAGAGGAUAAUGGCGACGCGAUUUCGAAGCGUAUCGCGUGGAAAGGGAUCGUGUGCCCUUGGUGCUCGAAGUGCAUCUCCCGGAGGUUCUGGCAGGGCUGGAGAUGCUCAGAGAAGAACAACCUUCCCACACUGUCGCCCGGGAAUGAAUCCCACAGGUGUCGGUUCGAGAAGAUGAUGAGAAUGCAACCCGUUUCACUGCGGUCCGUGAUCGAAGAUCUAGAACUAAGUCCGAUAAAGCGCGCUCUCAACUUCAGCCCGAAAUUCAUGACCCCCGAGAUCGAUGACCGCUCAUUGCACCCAUAUCGAAAAUUGGUGUAUAUCAUACCCGGAGUGGGUAGUAUCACUCAUCUUGUCUCGUGCAAGUCUAUCAACACGCGUAUUGGUGGUCCCGAUGAUCUCUUCAAGCAAUUGCAGCUGGCAGAUCUUGGAUUACAGCGCUAUCCAUUGCAGCAGAGUGUGGUGGCAGGAACUCUCACGGCACAUUUUGCCGUUAAUUAUGGGAUGCCCUACAAAUACGUCGUCUCGGUAGAGUCGAAAGGCUUUGACGAAGCCUGCAGUGAAAUUAUACGCGCGCUGGGUCGAUUGACCUGGGCUACCAGCCAAGCUGUGAAGGGUACUGGAGACCGCUUUAUCCCACCGAACGAGCUGCUUCUACUGGGCUACUUGGAGGGCAUGAAGAUUGGUUAUCACGACGACGGAGAGUCAUCACUUGGUCCCACAGUUGCCACGCUUUCGCUCGGUGCCAAGUCCACGAUGCUCGUCCGGAUGAAGCAUACAUAUUAUCAUGGCGUCAGUAAAGGGAAGAAGCUCCUACUGGAGGAUCCUAUUCUCCCUGGCUGCAAUCAGCAUGAUGAGCGAAAGGCCCUCAAGGAUCAGCUCGCCAACGGUAGCCUGAGCCAGGAAAAGUACGAUAACCUUCGCACCGAGGUCACAAAGAAGAGCCGGGGUAGGGAGGCACCACCAUGUAUUAAGAUGGAGCUUAACCACGGGGACCUGGUCGUCAUGCAUGGCGAGAGAUUGCAGAAGUACUACGAGCAUUCAGUCAUACCCGAAAAGAAUCUCCGGUUUGCGUUGACUGCUCGGUACAUCAAGCCCGAUCAUGUCAGCCCGAAGGAGCUCAGAAAGGGUCAGUUUACCCUGGCUGCAGACCAGAUUUACGAUGGAAAAUAG